AUGACUGACUCCAGAAGUAAAAAGGCCCAGAGGCUCAAAGAGGCGCGCGGUCUCAGAGCUAAGGCUCCAGUUGCUGCGCACUUCGAAGAUUGUGUACAGGCAUUUCAGCGACUUUCCGACUCAAUACAAGUAAACCAGUCCAAUUCUGAGCUGCACCAAAUCGCCGAGGACAGUGCAAUCAGACUCAAGCUGUGGGGUGAAGGAAGUCAAGCAUCAUCGCGUUCUCUUGACUAUGCCCUCAGGAAUUCUUCAAUACUGAAGCGCCAGACACUUCGCCUAUUGAAAGACUUACACUCCACUCUGGAGGAAGCUAUAACUGAAGUCCAAGCACAAGAGCCUGUAACAUCUGAAAGUGGAGAUGUGACCGAGGCAUCUGUAUCGCCUAAUACAAGUGGCCGCCAGGACGACGCAGUAUCCGAUGAUCAAGAAAUGGAAACUGGCCCAGAUAUUUGCUUGGAAGAGGCCAGCAACGUAAUUGGCUACAUGUUUCAGCUACUUCCCAUACUGCGAGACCCGCUAGAAGAUAGCGAUGUCGACGCUGCUCAAAGUAACGAGGAGUAUUCAGUAGAAUACUACCGCCAAAUAGCGGAUGACAUGUUUCCAAUCGCACCGGAAAGUUUACGGCUCCGGCUUGCAGACAACAUUUGGCGGUCUCGGCAAAGGUUACUGCUCUCACUAGGUGAAAAUCAAGUUGUCAGCGGUCAGAGCUUCCUAGGACAACGACCUAGACAUAGAUAUAGGCCGUGGGAUUCAUCACUCCGGCAGACUGGCGAACCUCCCAAGUUCCAUACAGCACAACAUCGCUCCAACCGAGCAGAGUCUGACGCGGGAACUUCAACAAUCCGCUCCCAUGUAGAGACAGUUUUGUCGAAAACGGUUAUGGUUGACCAGGACUCGGUCACUUCGGCCACAGACACACCACACCAGUCUAUGCUGCCAAGUCUGGUUGUACCACAACCUCCAGUCAACCUCGAAAGAACUCAACAAUUUGACUGUCCAUAUUGCCAUUCUGAGCUGCCUCUAAUUUUCUCUACAAGUAGCAUCGGUAUGACAGAAUGGGAAUGGUCUAAACAUGUCUUCUGCGAUUUGAAGGCAUAUAUGUGCACGUUUGGUGACUGUUCUCACGAAAAUCUACCGUUCGGUGACAGAAAGGAAUGGAUACAGCACGAACUUGACUUCCACCGAUCCCAUCGUGUAUGGUUUUGCGGGCUUUGCCGGUCUGAUUUCAGGACAGAGGAGCAUUUUACGUCCCACUUACAGGCUUCACACAGCGACUUGACACCAGACGAGGCAGCCUUAGUACGAGGGUUCUGUAAAAGAUACUCAACAGAACUGCCAGGGGAGCAAUCGUGUGCGCUAUGUGGUGUGGCGUGUGACGAUACCGAUGAGCUGGAAAACCACCUCGGAACUCAUUUGGAAACACUCGCGCUUGCAGCUCUGCUAGAAGACGAAGGGACCGACGAUGAGGGCGUGGAAGGCGUCGAUAUGCUCGUGGAUUAUAUUGCAGAGCAACACGAGCUCUUGAAAGGUGAUGAAAGGUUCUUGCCGGUAGAUGUCCGGACGAAACUCAGAACAUCACCCAAUGCAGCCCUUCAUGACAAUGAAGCCAGCCAUACCAUGAACACCGAGAACUUUUCGGCCCCUGAUGAUCUCGAGAGCGGAUCACAAAGACUUGGUAACGUACUCUGGACUGAAAAAGUCAAGAAGUUUCUUGACAAAGAGACCACCCAGGAUUCUAUCCCAGUCGUACAUUGCAAUGUGCGCUCAAGAUAUGAUAAUUUCGUUGGUAGAGAUUCAGACCUCCAAAGUAUACGCCAACAAUUGUCUACUCCGGGAAGAAUAUGCGUUAUCAGUGGCCGCGGAGGCAUCGGAAAGACGGCGAUUGCAGUCGAGUACCUAUACAAAUUCGAAUCGGACUACUCUUAUGUAUUCUGGGUUGAGGCUGAAAAUCCUGGUCUUUGCGCCGAGAAGUACGGCAUGAUAGCAACUCAUCUCAAUCUGCCAGAAGAGCCCUUUGCAAACUUGGAUGCACGCACGUAUUCAGUCAGAGAUAGCUUGACGAAAUCCGACAGGCGAUGGCUGUUGAUAUUCGACAACGCUGCUUCGUGGGCAGACAUCUCUCGGUAUAUCCCUCGAAGUUUUCCAAAAACUAAAGGUUCUGUCCUCAUUACAACCCGCUCAGCCCCAAUGUUACUAGCGCCACCUGGACAUCCCGCAUUUCACCACCAGCAUGCGGUUGAGCUCGAGGCGUGGCCGCUGGAGCAUGGUCGAGAAUUCUUGUUAACUUCCAUCCGACCCAAACUGAACAAGGAAGACUUGCAGGCUCAUGAGGAGUAUGACCAAGCGGCGCAAGUAGUAAACGUGGUAGGAGGUUUGCCUUUGGCUAUCAGCAUGAUCGUCGGUUAUGUUAAAGUGUCGCGAUGUACUUUGGCUGAUUUUCUGGAGAUGUGGGAAGAAAAGGAACACAUAAUGAGGAAGAAGAGGAGGAGGAAGGUUGAUCUUGAUGAUGGGGAUAUUGACUCGACCAUUGACUCAUUGUGGACCAUCGGUAUCCGAGAAGUGCGUAUGAAUUCUCGACGCCUCCUCGAUGUUCUGUCAUUUCUUGACCCAGAACAUAUACCAAAAAGCCUUCUUGUUGGAGACCACAAAGAAGAUUAUUUGGAGUUCCUCAAUGCUUCCGAAACACUCAGCUAUAAGAGAAUGAUCACGGAGUUGACAGGUCGGCGACUUCUUUCUGAAAAGCAGACUGACAAUGAUGAUACAGCCUAUACAAUUCACAGACUACUGCAACAGAAAGUUUUGCUGGAUAUGGAGGAUUAUGGGUUUGCCGAUGCAUUCCGAAAAGCAUUUCGACUGAUAAGGAAGCGUUUUCCUAUGGCUGAGCCACAACAGGUUCCUAAUCCAAGCAGUUGGGCAGUUUGUCAAGAGUACCUACCUCAUGUUUCUACGUUCUGCCGAAUCUAUCAGCAAAAUGCUGCCUCAGCCUCGUUAGGAGAUCCUACUCCAAAAGAGCUUGCUGGGCUCUUCUAUGACGCAGGAUUCUACAUUUGGUCCCGUGCAAUGACAGAAUACGAUGGACUGUGGUUCUUCGAAACCGCAGAAGCGAUCCUUAAUAACAUCGACAUGGACCCCAGCACCAAGAUCGGAGCAGACAUUUUGUGCGUGACUGGCCUGCUUCUCUUGAAUAUGGGAGUUGUCGAGCGCACAAAGGGGCUCCAUCGCCUGAAACAUGCCUGGCAGAUCAGAGAACAAAUAUACGAGCAGAAUCGCGACCACGACAACGAUGUCCUCCUCCAAAACGCAGCCAAUGACUAUGCUUUAUGCUUACUGAACGAGCAUCAAUUCGAGGAAGCUGGCGAGAUAUUCCGGGGAUGCCGGGAGCAGUAUCUUGUCUGGGGCCCUGAAAACGAAAACCCGUUUGAGAACUCGAAAUAUUACGGCAAUUACAGUCUCAUUCUCAUGUGGGCAGGCGAGAUGGAAACAUCCAUCAAGUUUCAAGACCAUGCAAUGAAACUCACGGAGAGGUUCCUCGGAAAGAAGGCGAUGUACUACCGAAGAAUGUUCAUGCUGGCCUGCAUUCUUCUCCAGUCUGGAGAUCUUCAAGGAGCGCUUGACAUGCAUCUAGAGACACUAAAGGCGCGUCUAGAGCUCCAUGGAAAGCACAACGAGUACACCAUAUCAAGUAUGUACGCCGUUGGCGCAAUGUAUCACCACAUGGGAGACUCGUAUACAGCAACUGGAUACAUACAGCAGUGUAUAGAAUGUGCAAGGAACUCAAAAUGGGACCGCGCAGCGCUUGCCAGAGCUCAGUAUCACUUGGCUUUGCUGUAUCGAGAGCAGGGCAUGCAGGAGGACGAUGCGAUAGCACUGGAAGCAGAAACCGACGCAUUGCUCGAAGAGUUCGGGGAUCACGCAGCAGCAAGCGUCUGUGCGACUGGGGACAAGAUGAUGAUCCUGGAUGACUUACAGCCAUCGUUCCUCGGCCGUUACACCGGUCGCACCUUGUUGAAGCAUUUACAGGAGCAUUACCAGCGGACGCAGUCUCUGUAG